AGAAGUUGGCAUCACUUCGCGCACAUGUUUUUUGUAGUAGUGCACUUUUCAAUGAAUUUAUGUGCGACAAAUGCUACUCUAGCUCCUGAUACUAACAAAGUAUGAAAGUAUACAGUUCGAAUUAUUACAUCUUUUGUGUAUUUUAACUUUGUUGUUGUAUUAUUAGUUUUUUGUAAGUGCUUUAAGGACCUAGAAAAUUGCCAGCGAUGCAAUGUAUCAAGCUUUCAUCAGUGGAUACCGUUUGGCCGAAGUGUCACACGGCAAGCCUUAUUAUGUUUACUGUAUUGAGGUUCUGGAGUCCGAAAGUGGUACCCGAUACUUUAUUGAGAGAAGAUACAGCGAAUUUAAUGCGCUACAUCGUACGCUGAAGAAAGAAAACGCGGAUGUUGCUCCGUUUCCGCCAAAGAAGGUAAGAAAUUCCCAACCGAAGGUGCUUGAGCAAAGGCGAGCAGCAUUGGAACUGUACAUCCAGAAAAUGUUAAGGCUCUCAGCCACUAAGCAACAGGUUCUCAAUUUUCUGGGUAUAGAAAGUCCAACACCCAGCGUGCCGUAUAAAAAUACGUACAAGGAUACGGAGGGAGAACAAUACGUCGAUACCAGUGCUCUUGGCCAUCAACCUGUGCUAACUUUCCAUUGUGAUCCAUACGUUCAGUCGAACAUUACAUCGAACAGUCUUCCAGAUAUCGUCAUCAGCGGAGUCCUUUUGGGUGUAUACAAGUCCUAAGAAGCUUAUCCUAAGCUUCUGCUUGUUACAAUAUCUUUUAAGAAAAGCAUAGAAAGGACUACGCGCUUCGUGAAAAUCUGCAGCUCUAUAUUAUUAUAAUUCGGAUGAAAAUUAGGAAGACAGUUUUUGCUCGUUCCUCCUUAUCUUGCCAGAGAUAAAAAUAAAGCGGUUCCAUCCUGUAUAUAUAUAUAUAUAUGUAUAUAUGUAUAUGUAUAUACACUAACGCUUCGUUGUCAGGAUACGCGACAAUGUGUAAUCUCUUUCGAAAUUCGAUCAACGAAGAACGUAAGAGAGAGAGGAAAUGGAGCUUGCACGUGGCGCGAUCGCGUUUGGAUUAAUGUAAAAAGACCGGAUUUAAAACUAAGGAUUUUAUACACAUCUAUGUAAUUAAGGGAUUUCACAGAAGAAAUAUAUGCUUUGAUAUAUUUGAAUCAUCGUCUUGUUUAUUUCAUCUCAUUAUUUUCAGAGUUUACAUUACUUGUGACAUUCAUCUUAAUUCUAUUUAACUUUAUCGUACUGGAUAUCUGGAUUGUAAAUGUAAAUGUAACUCAUAAGCGGAUCUCUUGCGGUAUUCUUUAUUCGCAUUAAUUCGUUUACUACCGUUUACAGUAGAUAUCACGGACACUCGAUAAAAAUCCAUCGUCGAUAUACCCGCUAGGUCAUUGCUAGAUGUAUCACGAUGGCAUUUCUUUCGCGUCGGGGACACAGCGUUUUUCUUUUCCCUGCGAGAUGUUUGGCUUCGAGCAACGAUUAAUGUCGAACGAUUUUAUAAAUAUUACCGUGAAAAAAGGACAGGUUUCUUACUGUUUCCAGAUAACGAUAUGCGCUUCUCUUUUUUCCCCUUUAUCAAUUUUCUUUCUUGCUGUUGCUAUUGGUGAUAGGCGAUUACGCGAUAGAUUAGCGAGUGAUUCAUCUAGCGUCUGGUUGAUAGAAUUAUAGCCUCGAGGUUAAUUUGUUAUUAUCAUGAAAUCGGACCUAUCGAUUCCCUAUCCUUAAAUUUCUUCCUGUCGAACGCUAAAGAAGAGUAGACAGACGGGCAGAAGCAUGAAACGGGUGAAAACGGUGAAUUCAAGCGAUGUAAUUUGUUUGGUCCACUGGAUCGGGCGUGUUUGCGUUGCACUCGACGCGCAGUAUUCUCAUUCUCGAUGUAUGUACUCGGGCCUUUGCUGAAAAAUAGGAAAUCUCUGUUUCUUUCGGUUUCGCGGUCGCGAGGUUCCUUUCUCGCGUUCUGUUUUUUUCUUAGAAAAACUUGAAAAAAUGAGUAAACACCGCAAACCGGAGACGCUGUGACAACGGUAGUAACCAUGUAUGUAUGUGUGUAUGUAUGUAUGUAUGUAUAUUGGCGAUAGUAGGACCUUGUUUCGUAUGUACAAUCAUACAACGUAUUUAUGCUGUUACAAUUAUUACGUUAUGAUAAUAAACUGAACUUCCCAAAAGGUAAACGCCUCGUUUUUCUUCUUUUUUUUUUUAUAUCAAAUGUACCGCAUUAAAUGUGUAUGUAAUUAUAUACAAGCUCCUCAGUCUUGUGCGAAGUGUUAGACGAUUUUAGGUUCUAGCACUUCCGCCUCGAUGAAAACUAAUCAUGACGAAUAUUAUAUUACUUCUCGAAUCAUUUCUUUUUCUGUCGAACGUUUCGUUUCUUUUCUUUCCUCUUGUUUCGAUCGUUUUUCCCGUUGUAUUUUCUCGCUAUCUCGUUAUACGCGAUCGUAGUUACCGUAUAACCGAGCAAACCAGUCGAAAGACGAUUUUUUUUUUUCAUUUUUCAUAAUAUGACCUGUGCUUUCGUCAAGAGCUGGCGGGAUAUACAAAAUUGAUCGUUGAACAGCUUAUAAUGUUAAUAAACGUUACAUCGUAAUUUAGAAGUUUAUUGCCCGUGCGUGGCAGUUUGUUUCAUUGAACUUUCGAUCGAUUCCCAUUUUGUCGGUCGAUCUCGAUUUCACUCGUUUUCUUAUAUAUCUUUCUGUAAUUCGAAACGAAACGAAGGGAAAUCUAAACGAUAGGUACACGUGUAUUUAUUCGCUAACUAUAAAAGAAUUAUAAAGAAAAUAGAGAAAAGAUGCAGAUCUCUUUUCAAAAUAAGCAAAUACAAUCGCUUUAUGAUUUUCGACGGGUGUGAUUUUUAUUAUUACCAGUACCAAUAACGCAUCUCUAACAUCUAAUGAAUUACUUAUAUCAUACAAGUCUCGAGGUGUAACUUAGAGAAAAAUGGAGCUGUUGGUCGCCAUUGAAUCGCGGACAGUAUAGGUCAACGCAUCAUUUUACAAGGCAAUGUACUCUCAAAACGAUAUGGUAAAAUCAUUUCUGUCGUUCAUGGAUAAAACUUAAUAAAAAAAAAAAAAAAAAAAAGAAAAAAGAAAAGAAAA